AUGAAUGAUAACGAUUCUUCUUCCCUCAAUUCUUCUACAAAAGAUGAUACUUUUAAUGAAUGGAGACCUGCAUAUCCAUUAAUUUGUGCAUACCAUGAUAUUCAUUCUUUAGCAGGAGCAUGGUGUUUAGGACCACCUACAACUAUGCUUGAAGCUAUUAAACCUACUGGAGCAUCCCAAGCGCGAAGUCCUAGUGAAGAAGAUAAUGGUGAUGGAAAAUGUAAUACAUUAAUAGCUUCUUGUCCUGCUUUUAGAAAUGAAAUUGGUAAUGAACCAGUUAGACAUUUAUCAUUAUCAAGAAGAUCUGUAGCAACAUUUUCACAAUAUCAAAAUAAUUUACCAAUUGUAUCAAAUCAAAAAAAUAAAUAUGCUAUUUCAUCUUUAUCUGAUGAUUGUACAGAAACAUGGAUGAGAGAACAUACAGCAGCUGAAGCUGGUGUUUUAGAAGAUGUUUCAAAUGUUUAUCUUGGAGGUCGUUUAUGUGCAUCACGACAAAGCAAAGUUGUUAUUGAACCACAAGAUAUAGGUAGUUAUUAUUUUAGACAUUGUUUUACUGGAAGACCACAUAUAGAGUUUUUUGGAAUUGAUGAACAACUUGGACCUGUUGCUAUUAGUGUUGUUAAAGAAAAUCCUGAAAAAAAUAUUACUAAUCAAAGUACAGCUUUAAUAAAUAAAGGAUUUUAUCCUGUUCCAGAAGAUGCAUUACAAGAUUCUGGUCAUGAAAAAAGUAAUCGAGCAUUAAUGAGAGAGUUAGUUGAAAUUGUUUGCCCACAAGUACUUUUUUCAUGUUUACGACCAGCAAUACCAAAUUUACAAAAAAUUGAAGAAUUAUUAUUAAAAAUUGAUGAACAACCAAUUUAUACAAGAUAUAAAAUUGGAGUAUUAUUAUGUAAAGAAAAUCAAAGUACUGAAGAAGAAAUGUAUAAUAAUGAAAAAUCAACACCAGCAUUUGAAGAAUUUUUAGAAUUUUUAGGUACACGUGUUAGACUAAAAGGUUUUGAUCAAUAUAAAGGUGGUCUUGAUACAAAAGCUGACACCACAGGUACUCAUUCAAUUUAUACAGAAUAUCAAGCUCAUGAAAUAAUGUUUCAUAUAUCAACAAUGUUACCAUUUACACCAAAUAAUAAACAACAAUUAUUAAGAAAAAGACAUAUUGGUAAUGAUAUGGUAACAAUAAUAUUUCAAGAACCUGGUGCAUUACCAUUUUCUCCUAUAACUGUUCGAUCACAUUUUCAACAUGUUUUUAUUAUUGUUCGUGUAAAUAAUCCAUGUACAGAUAAUGUAUCAUAUACUAUUGCUAUAUCAAGAGCAAAAGAUGUUCCUACAUUUGGACCUGUUAUACCAUCUAAUGCAACAUUUGGUAAAAGUACUGAAUUUCAUGAUUUUUUAAUAACAAAAAUUAUAAAUGCUGAAAAUGCUGUACAUAGAUCAAAAAAAUUUGCUGCUAUGGCAGCACGUGCAAGAAGAGAAUCAUUAAAAGAUUUAGCUGAAAAUUAUGUUGCUGGUCAUCCAAAUGAAGUACCUAGUAGAAUAGCAUCUAGAUUUCUUGGUGGAAGUGUUAAGAGAAAAGAAAGACCAAUACCAAAACCAAUUGUAGAUUCUAAUUUACGUGGAGCAAUAUCAUGGCUGGUAGAAGUUUAUGAUUAUUCUCUUAAUCAACGGGUACAAUGUGUAUUAGGUGUUUCAGCUGAAAGUAUUGUACUUUUAGAAAUACCAACAGGUGAUUGUUUAUUUUUUACACCAACACAUUCUGUAUUAGGAUGGGCAACAAUAGAAACAGGAAUUAAAAUGUAUUAUGAUCAUGGUGAAAUGUUAUUAUUUAGAGUAAUUAGUAGUGAUGGUUUUGAAAGAGAAUCAAGUGUAUUAUUAAAAAGAUUAGGAUCUGUUACUAAUGGUGAUGAAGCAAAAGAAAUGAUUUUAAGAAGAUCAAAAUUAUCAGAAGCAUUAGGAUUUCAUAUUCAAGAUGAAGGUGUUGUAACUGAUGUUGAAAUGUAUCAUCCAGCUUGGAAAGCUGGUCUUAGACAAGGAUCUAGAAUUGUAGAAAUAGAUAACAUAUCUGUAUCAACAAUGUCACUUGAUCAAAUGUUUUCAUUACUUACUGAAAAUAUAACAAAUCGUGUUAUGAUUAUUGCUCCAUCAAGUGAUGGUUCUCCAAGAAGAGGAUGUGAAGAUCCAAAUUGCCCAGCUGUUAAAGGACAAGAUGCAUUAAUAUUAACACCAGAAACAUUUGCUAAACAACCACUAACUUAUCAAGAAAUGUUUAGAAUUAAAAAUAAAGAACUUCCUCAUUCUCCUCAUAGUAGUCCAUCAAAUAGUUUUGAUGAAAGAUUGGCAACAAUUCGAUCAUCAAAUAGUCAUCUAAAUCAAGAAGGAAAUUCAAUGUGGACAAAAGAUCGUUCAAUUUCACUUAAUGAAUAUUCUGAAAAUAGUUUAUUAACAUUAAAUAUGCCACCAAGGUCUCCUUCUCUUAAUCCAACUAAUACAAUUAUUCCAGAAAGACCAAAUUGUGUUGGUCAAUGUAAUAAUCCAUUGGCUAGAACAUUGUCAGAUGAAUUGCUUAUAAAUAAUCACGUAGCUUUAAAUUCUCCUAACAAUGUAGGAGUUAUGUCGAUUCGAAAUAGUUUAGAAGGUAUUCAUUCUUUAGGUUCACCUAGUGAUAUUUUACCUGGAGGUAUUCCUAUGAAUACAGUAGAAUUCCAGCAACGUUGUUAUUUAAGACUUCAAAGAUUAAUAAAAGAAAGAAAAGAGCAAGAUGCAUUAAUAGAAAAACUUAAAACUGAAUUAAUUACAGAAAAACAGCAACAUGAAGAGACAAAGCAUCGUUUAACAAUCCUUCAAACAAUUUGUGAUGGAGCACAAUUAACAAUUCCCGAAACAGAUGCAGAAUUAUAA